GUUUGCCCUCUCAGAGCUGUUUCCUCUUUACUCACAGUUUUUGCUUCUCCGUGGGCCGAGCCGCUUUGACAAAGUCUGCUCAGUCGCUUAGGAGUUGACCUGAGAGCAGCUUCUCCUUGAAGCCGUCGGCGGAGGAGGUCUUUCAGCUUUUCAUGUGUCUCCUCAGGCUCCCAGGAUGGAGAAGACGGCAGCCACCGAUUGAGACGGUCAUGUGCGUCCCUGUGCGGUAGCUGGUGACCCGUGGGUGUGGGAUGUCUGGUGACAGUCAAACCCUGUGCUGGAGGAGCAUGCCUCCCACCAACCAGGACGGGUCUUUGAAGAUCUCCUCAAUGGCAAUCGAGGGCAAAGAAAACAUCUCCCAAGUGAAGAUCAUCAAAGUGUGUUUCCUUAGCAACAGCUCCAACAUGGGCAAGAACUUCAAACUGGUCCGCUGCGAGGAGGGAUGGACGGUCAAGGCUGUCAUCGGUGUCGUGCUGUCCAGCGGCUGCGUGGGUCCCAACAUCCAACACAGCCUCUGCUACGGCCUCCUGCUCAAACACCUCAAGUCUUCGGAGAUGCACUGGCUGCACCCGAACCUGACGGUGGCUGAGCUCACCCAGCGCUACGAGCAGCAGCACCUGGAGGCCGAGUGGAGGUACGACCUGAGGAUCCGAUACAUCCCGUCGGACUUCAUGGAGGUCUUCAGAGAUGACAGGACCACCAUGCUUUAUUUUUACCUGCAGGUACGAAGCGAUUACAUGCAUCAAUACGCCUCCAAAGUCAGCGAUGGGAUGGCCUUACAGCUGGGCUGUCUGGAAAUCAGGAGAUUUUACAAAGACAUGAAUCCCAACGGGCUGGAGAAGAAGUCUAAUUUCGAACUGCUAGAGAAGGACGUGGGGCUGGAUUUGUUCUUUCCCAAGGAGCUCAUAGAGAGCAUGAAGCCCAAGCAACUGCGUCGGAUGAUCCAGCAGACGUUUCAGGGCUACUCCACUCUGCAACAGGACCAGUGCAUCCUGAAGUUCUUCACCGCUCUGUCUCAGUGUUACAGCUUCACGCAGGAGAGCUUCGCCUGCCAGCUUGUGCACGGCUGGAGUCUGGCCAUAGACUUGAUCAUCGGCGCUCAGGGGAUUCACCAACGCACCGAAAACUCAACGCCCAAAUGUUUGGCCAAGUUCUCCCAGGUGUGCAGCAUCUCCUGUACCGCAGAAGGUGACGGCCGCGCCCUUCUCACCGUGCACAUAGACGGGGCCAAACAGCCGCUGUCGGUGAACGUCUCCUCCAUGGCCGUAGCUGAGAACAUGGCCGACCUGAUCGAUGGUUACUGUCGACUGGAAGGCGGCCCCGACAGGUCCGUCAUCACCAGACCCCCCAAAGGAAGAGACGUCAGACAGAAGCUUCCUGACAUCCCAGUGAAAAAUGAAAGAGAAAGUUGUUCCAGACAGAGAAAUUGUGGUUCUGAUGUUUAUGCAGAGAUUGCAGAAAGUGGAGCGGUUUGUGUGGACAAACUGAGGAUCUCCAGGGAUGACGUGGUCUUGGGUCGGAUCCUCGGUGAGGGAUUUUUCGGAGAAGUUCAUGAAGGCGUUUAUACAAGUCAGAGCGGGGAAAAGACCCGUGUGGCGGUGAAAACCUGUAAGGAAUGCUCGCCUGAAGUGAAGGAGAAGUUUCUGAGUGAGGCUGAUCUGAUGAAAAACCUGGACCAUCCUCACAUUGUGCGUCUGAUCGGAGUCACUGAGUUCGAUCCGGUCUGGAUCGUCAUGGAGCUUUAUGAACAUGGAGAGCUUGGGAACUAUCUUAUAGAGCAGCAAUAUAUGUUGACCACAGCGACAUUAACUCUGUACUCUUUGCAAAUCUGCAAAGCUUUGGCUUACCUGGAGGGCCUCAGUAUGGUGCACAGAGACAUUGCGGUCAGAAAUGUUUUGGUGGCUUCGUCCGACUGCGUGAAGCUGGGUGACUUUGGCCUGUCUCGGUACGUGGACGAGCAGGAGUACUACAAAGCUUCGGUUACCCGGCUACCAAUCAAAUGGAUGGCACCCGAGUCCAUCAACUUCAGACGCUUCACCACAGCCAGUGAUGUCUGGAUGUUUGGCGUGUGCGUCUGGGAGAUUUUCUCUGUGGCCCAGCAGCCUUUCUUCUGGUUGGAAAACAGUCAGGUGAUCGACCAGCUGGAGUCGGGAGUUCGCCUUCCCAAACCACAACAAUGUCCCCCCCAAGUCUACGGCCUGCUCACCCGCUGCUGGGCGUACGAGCCGCACCGCCGACCCACCUUCGGCCAGCUCGUCUGCUCGCUCAGUGACAUCCAGAGGAUGGAGUCUGAGCAACCAAACCACAGACGGAGAGCCACCCCCACCCCGUCCAUGUUUGACCCCAACCUAGUAGAUCCUCCACCCAAGCCGUCCAGAAUACAAGGCAACACCCUCCCACGGAUCAACCACCCAAAGACACCUGAGUUUCAGGUGAACCCCCCAUGGGACAGCAGGAGAGUGGAGGACACGUUACAACGGCAAAAGAAGGAGAUGCUGAUGGACAAACUGUGGCUGGAGCACGAGGAGAGACAGCUGGUUAGAACUGAAUCUGCUGUGGAAUUAGAUUCUCAAACAAAGACGCCGAAGAUCAACGCAGAAAACGGUCCUCCCGUCAAACCCCCCAUGCCUCCUCCGGCCUCCCAGCCGCGGCCCACGGCUGAGCUGGACCGGUCCGGCGACCGGGUCUACAGCGGCACCAUGGAGAUGGUGAAGCAGGUGGUGCAGCUGAAGAACGACGUGAAGACGCUGCCCGCCUCCCAGUAUCCCAAUGCUGUCAAGACGGUGGGCAUCUGUCUGCGCAGUUUGAUUCAGAGUGUGGAUGAGGUGCUGCCCUCUCUGCACAGCUCCGUCGCCACAGAGAUCGAGGGCACCAAGAAACUGCUGAACAAGGAUCUGAGCGAGCUGAUCGGCAAGAUGCGCCUUGCCCAGCAGAACGCCGUGACGUCGCUGAAGGAGGAGUGUCUGCGGCAGAUGCUGGCCGCCGCUCACACGCUGGCGCUGGACUCCAAGAACCUGCUGGACGCCGUGGACCAGGCUCGAGUCCGGGCCAACCUGGCCAAGCCCAAACCAGACCUAGAGGAGGAGGGAUGCGGUGAAUGAGGAGGAAGAGGAGGAGGGGCUCCUUGCAGGAACCCAGAGGAUUCUAGGGUUUUAUUUCAGGAGAACGUUCUUAAAAACAGAUUUGUAUCGUGGAAAACGGACGGCAAAAAUGGACAGCAAAAGAAAAGUGUUUAUUUUUAUUAUUAAAUGUUGGAAUAACUUGAAAUAUAAUGGUAUUUCUUCAG